AUGGAGGCGAAAGUUGGCGACACUUUCGAUAAGAAGACGUACGAUGUAACAGACACGUACUGCCAGUGCUGCCUCAUCAUCACCUGCCCACUCACGUGGGCCGCGAUAUGCCCCGGGGUGCUCGGCAAGAAGAUUCUCGUGCUGGAAGAGGAGGAGGCCAUCCUGACCCAGGACUGCUGCAUCUACCACUCCGUGGCCCACAGGCCGUACGGAGAGCUCGGGAGCGUGGAGAGGGAGAACGUUUGCUGCUUCGUCGGUUUCACCUCUAACCUGUCCCCGACCAAGUCUGAGGGCGGCGGCCAGGCCGCGAUCAUCCCGGGCAACUGCUGCGAGACCGCUCUCGUCAACGAGAUUGUGGAGGAGCUCAAGAAGAGGAUGAAGCACCGCGGCGACACCGGGCAGAUAAAGAGGGCCGAGGAGAACCUGAAGGAGAUCAGGCACCUGCACGCCAAAAUCGACGCGGUCAUGGAGCACCUAAACAUCCCUGCCGUCCAGGCCCCCAUGGAGAUGAACCGUUAA